AUGAACUCAAAUGAUCCUCUUGGUGAUCAUUUCUUUGUUAUAGAAGAAGAGUUUGGACGUCAAUCAUCAUUAAAUCCCAAUGAUAUCGAACCUAAUACAGUUGAAACAUGGAUGGAUGACAAUGAAAGCGACCAUUGUGUUCUCUGCAAAGAAAAAUUUCACCCCAUAUAUCGUAGAAGACAUCACUGUCGCUAUUGCGGACUUUUGAUGUGCGGAAAUUGCACUCAAUCAUCUGCAAUCAUUGAAGAUAAACUUGAACGUGUUUGUGAUUGCUGUGCUGCUGUAAUAUUACCUCCCAAUUUCUCUAAUAAUUCAUAUCCUGGUCUCCGACAAUGGGUAUCCCUAUUAAAUAUUAAAAUGACAUCAUUCAAUCCGAAACAAGCUGCAUUUUAUUACAUAUCUUCAUUCUUUACAUCAGAAAAUACGAUUACGCACAAGUAUGCAGUGAAUACACUCCUCAAAAUGUACAAGAAAUAUCUUCCUGAUAUCGUUAAAGCUUGUGUAGCAAGACCAUUACUGUUGCAUGCAAUGAAUUGCAAAUGUCACUCACUUGCUCAGACAAUUGAGCUUUUUGUCACUCUUUACAGUGCAGAUCCUUCAAGUUCUGAUAUUGACUUUACAAAUCCAGAAUUCUCAUCUCUCGACAUAAAUUCAUUCUUUGCAGCCGAUUCCUUGGAUAUCAAGCGUGCUGCAUCACGAUUACUCUAUUUACUUGUUUUCGAAGGAAGAUUGCAUCCUUCUGAUCUAAUGGGCAUCGAAAAGCUCAUAAAUUACCCAGACAAAUGGGUUGCUGCGUUCAUCAUGGCCUCCAUUUCAUACAAAAUUGUGCCACACGAUGUUGAUGAAUAUUUCAAUUAUUCUGUAUCAGGACCAAACAUUAUACAGAACUCUAAGGAUUACAUUUUACAUGUCCUCAAGUUAUAUGAGCCGAAUACGCCCCAAACAUCAACAGCUGCCAAGUAUUACGCAUCAGUUUUUCUUGAAUACGUUGCACACUUCCCAGAAGACUUAAAUAUCAUUGCGAAAUCAGAUUUAUCUCACAUGAUGACAUAUUUGGUCCAAUCUUUCCCGAAGAAUGCUGAAGAUCAUCGCCCAGAAAUAAGAAAUUCGAUUAUCUUGACAGCAUUGCUUGAUCACCUUUGGAAAGGAGCAGAUAAUGGAACAAUUGAUGAAGAAUCUAAGCGUAACCUCUUCUCUUACGUUCUUCUUCCUCUUUUCGAUAUCAUCGGUAUCGAGAAUAAAUCUACUGAGAAAUGCCUCUGUUCAAUACUUCAGGCGAAGUUCUUGUCAAUAGUCAGAAUAAUUUGCAAGACUGUUGAAUUCAAAGCUGCAAUUUGUUCCGAACAAAUGCUAUCUAUUCUAAAAGAGCUUUCACAGAAUGCUUCUGUUGUUGGCGAAGAAGCUUCCAAGACUCUCGCCGUACUUAAUUAA